AUGUUGCUGCUGCUGCUGUUGAGGGCGGGCGUGAAGAGCCGGCUCCUCGGCUUCGCCGGCGCCCUUGGCGCCGCCGCGCCCCAGGCCUGGAGGCGCUCGCGGAGGCCUGGGCGGCGGCGCCUGACCCUGGGAGGGCGCGCCCAGGUUCCGCCUUCAGCCGCGUCGUGGCUGGCCCGCGCCUGGGGCGACGGUCCAGCGACGGCGGCGACACGGGCGCGCCAGGCUGCGCAGCGGGGGGCCCGGCGGGGAGGCCUCGACCGCGAGCCCCUGGCCCUCGUCCACGGCCUGCGGGGGCCCUUGAUGGCCUUGCGCACGGCCGCGCUGGCCGCAGUGCUGCAGCGCCACGGCGGGGCCCCCUGCGUCCGGGAGCAUUGCCUGCUUUUCCUGGGCGGGCUGAGCCAGAAGUUUCCAGAGGUUGGGUGCAUCCCCCGCGCUGUGGGCGUCGCCCCAGUCGUGCUGACGCUGCUCCAGUGGGCAAACGCCUCCGAGAAGGAGUGCAUCUUCGGCGCGGAGGUGUUGAAGGGUGCCAUGGACGGCGACCCUUCUCUCGUCAGGGCCGUUGUGUGCUGGCUGGUCGAGCUUGCCCAGAGCGAUUUUCCAUGCCUGCGGACACCACUCCUUGACGACCUGUUCCAUCAAGUCACGCGCGUUGCCGAUGAGCGUUACCUUGAGCAGCUGCGUGCGGUCGGUCUCGUCGGAUUGAUGGUUCGCAGGCUUCGCGCGGGAGACAGAAGCGACGCCCUCUGCGCGCUAGAAGACCUGGUCUGGGGCAGCGCAGAGUCCUGUGCCGAAUUCGGUGUGCAGGAGGCCAGAGCGCGUGGGUCGAUCUGCACAGGCAGAGCAGAUUGA